UGCAUUGACAAUUGAUAGUGAUGGGGUGCACUGUGAGAACAUUUGAUUAAAUAAUGGUACCAUUUUUGCUAAAGGCCUGGGCAUUCUUCAUUACAUGGCUAAGGCAACAAUGUAGAAUGGGGAGUCUACAUGCAACAUCCGUGGCUUGAUCAAUUACUAUCCCGUAGUACUCUGUGUUCAAUUGUGAAAGAUAAGUCCACACAGGUUAUAUACAAUUGCUUGUAUAAGUACUAGAUCCAUUGCAUAUUAACAUAACGGGACAAUUUUGUAUGUUGGGUCCAUAUGAAGUGCAAUCUGUCAUGAAAGAAUGUAGGAAAAACAAGAGGGAGGAAGUGUUGUGCUAACAGGUCACAAAUGUGGCUACAAAAACAGGGGGGGAGCAUCCCUUCUGUGGAAUGUGGACUAUCAUUUCAUAAUAUGGUCCACCCUUGUCUCCCCUUGUUUCACCAUCUUGAAACAAACUUUUAGUUUUCAUUCUUAUGAAAUAUGUUAUCUGCAACACUAGCAGGGGGUGCAAUGACCUGAAACAAGUGUGGGUCUUUAUGCAAGACUUUUCUGCCUACUACCUAACUCUGGCCACAAAGGGGUCUGGGUCUCACUGUGCCUGUCCUCAGCCUGGAUAAAGUGAAGGGUUGUGGCAUCCGGCAUAAAACUGUCCGCCCGACCAAUUGUGUGAAUCAGUGAAUGCUGAUUCACUGUCCAAAAAAGAUGAAUAUUUCUGAAUUGAUACUGCAAAAAUUAAAUUUUUUUUUGGCUGCUUCAAUGUUAUCUUGCUUCAUAUUUUCAAGCAUUUUUUCAACAAGAACUUCUUCUGAGAGGAUACACAUUUUUAAAAACCAUAGCUAUUUUUAACCCUAAAUUCUCUAAAGUUUAGCAAAAAAAAAAAAAAAAAAAAAAGCCCUCACAUGUUCACAUGGAAGCUGGCAAUCAUUUGUCUUCAGUUGCUCUAUGCUGUGAACUAAAAUAGAUGAACGAGUUGCUGGACCUUGUCACCUGUUUUUCUCCUGUUGAAACGAUUAAUGAUUACACUUUUAUUAUUUCUGAUGUUAAUAUGAUACCUGACGAUCUAAAGACUGAAACGUGAGCGCACAGAAAGGCUCUUCUGUCAUCCUGGAAUUCCAAACUUAAUGUCUAACUCCUCUUACUCCGGCGUUCUUUACUGUUUCACUCAGACUCCGGUCCAUCCCUGCACCUUCCACAGACACUGGAACAUGUCCUGCCUGUUAAUCAUCCCAGGGAAACACAUGUCCGCAGUGUAAUGUAGUGUCCUGAGGACAUUUGAUUUCUUCUGACUUUUUGAUCUAAAGUCUGUCAACUUUUUCUGAAAGGAUCAAAUGGCAGGUUUGCAGAUUGUGGCUUUCGUCAGUGGUCUGGUUGGGCUGGGCGCCACUAUUGGUGCUACAGUAUCCAAUGAAUGGAGGGCCACCAGCCGGUCGUCCUCAGUCAUCACGGCAACAUGGGUGCUGCAGGGUCUUUGGAACAACUGUGCGGGGAACGCCAUUGGAGCCCUGCACUGCAGACCUCAUCACACUAUCUUUGGGGUGGAUGACUACAUCCAAGCGUGCAGAGGAUUGAUGAUCGCAGCCGUCUGCUUUGGGUUUUUCGGGUGUGUGUUUGCACUUGUGGGGAUGAAAUGUACGAAGAUUGGAGGAAGUGACCAAAGCAAAGCCAAAAUCGCUUGUUUCGCUGGGGUCUGUUUUGUUCUUGGAGGCCUCUGCUCCAUUUCUGCAUGCUCCCUAUACGCUCACCGCAUAACAUCAGAGUUUUUCAACCCAUUCAUUAUAGAUCAAAAAUACGAGCUGGGGGCUGCUCUCUUCAUAGGCUGGGCGGGGGGCGUCCUGUGUAUUCUGGGAGGCUCCGUUCUCUGCUUCUCCAUCGCAGAAUCGUUUUCCAAAAGCCACAAUCAGGUGAACGGCGUCUACAAAGGAGCGGCCUCUCAUUCCCACAUCACCUCCAUCACAAGAGCACAAGCGGCAAACCCGAGGCCGUCUGCAGCCAACAGCAAUGCCUCCAGGGCGCAGUAUUUUGAUAAAAACGCCUAUGUGUGAACCUGGGGAAAUAAACCAUUACUAGUACAAAUAAAAAGCUACAAAAAGUGGAAGAAAUGCAGCAAACCGACAUAAUUUACUGUUUCUGAUUUGCAGCGCAUUGAUUGAUCGAUCUUUGGUAUUAAGUGUCUUUUUUAUGAUGUGAACUUGUGUUUUCUAGAUUUUAAUCUUUCAGCUAAGUUUUGUGCUUUUCUUUUAUUGUUCAAACAGAUUUUCUUUUUUUUAGUUAUAGGUUUAAGAAAUUGUGACUGUUGUAGAACCUUCAAGUGGAAUAAAGUUUAAAAAAUGGAA